CAACAGCAACAGCAACAGCAACAGCAAAUAACCAUAACAAUGACGACAGCAAAAAGCAAGAGCAAGAAAACCCAGGUCCAAGCAGCAGGAAAAGCACGAACAGAAAAGCAAAAGCAAAUCUUCAUUACGCCUCUUCCCAAUCAGACAUUGAUUCAUUUUCGUUUGGGAGAGGAAAACCCAUUUGAAAUUCUAUGCGGCAUUUUGGGGAUGCAAUUCCCAGUCCCAAUUGCGUGGUGAUUUUCUUUCGCGGACCCCAAACAGCAUUAUCGAUGGUGGGCGCACAGACGACAGCAGCUCCCAACUCUCUUCCACUCCAAGCCCUCUCGUUUUCCCCCUUACCACUCUUCCCCAGCCAGUGCUCCAAAACAUGUCUGAAAUCAUUAAAAGCGAAGAAGGAAUCCGUCCUCUAAACGUACCCAAAAGCCAGGAAACCGAUGGUGCAGUCGACCAAGAAUCCCAGAAAAUAGAGGAAGACACCUAUAUUACGGCACCUCUUAAGAUCAUAGAACCCUUCGAGAACUUUGAAAAGGAAGCGGAGAAGGAAAAGGAAAAGGAGGAGGAGGACAAGGAGAAGGAGAAGGAUAGCCCAGUGAGGACCCCCACAAAAGAGGAGAUUCCAAGCGAGAUCGACCUGACCAGCAGUGCCAAGACCAAGAAGUCGGUUAGCUUCAAUCCCAACGACGAGAAGAUUCAAAAGUUCAUCACCGGCGAACCCAUCGUCGACCAGAAGAAUCCCUUUCGCAAUGGCAACGUAGCCAGGUCCGGGGAGAAGAAGACACCACCGCCGGUGCCCACGAAGAGAUCGACCCUCAGUGUGCGGAAGACAGUGACCCAGCAGCUGAGGGAACGCGAACGGGAAAAGGAACGCGAACGUGACAAGGAGCGGGAGCAGCAGAAGAACGAGUCCAAUACGCGCAAAAGCAAGAUCAGUAGAUCUCAGUCGCAGGCCGCCGAUGACUAUGUGACCACCGAGGAGGUCCUCAAGCAGUCCAAGUAUGUGAAGACGUACAUCAAGAAUCCGGAUGCCUACUUUGUCUAUGAUCCCACGGUGCUGGCGCGUCUCAAGUUGGAGGAACUGAGGGAGACAUCUGCUGCUGGUAAUGGUAAGUUGCCCAAGCGGAAGCAGACGCCCAAGGAUUUGAAACCGGGUAAACAGGCCCGUCAUCAGAAUCAGAACCAGAACCAGAAGAAUCCAGAGGUACGAAAACCACAGCUCACUUUUAAGAAGUGCUCCAAGCCCAACUACCCGGAACUAGCCAACUUGAAGAUCCGCACCGGUACCAAUUCCGAUCCCGAGAGCAGUGCCUUAUUCAAUCCCGCUGAGGUGACGAAAAAUGCGCGAAAAUUCGAUGAGCGGGUGAAGAAGCUACAGAUUACCUCCGACGAUGAUCUGGACGAAAUCGAUGGUCCGUUGACUAAGAGCGAAUCGAGCGACGAGCUGGCGGGCAGCUCCUCAGUUCCACAGAGUCCACAGAUCAAGCCGGCCAUGAGUGGAGCUGGGGACUUGCCCUCACCCACGAACACGCCCAUGCCGGGCACUUUCACCAACACCAUCAGCUCCGAUGAGUUCCAGGCCUAUCUGGAUCGCAAGGGUCUGGCUUUGAUGCCCCGGCGGGAGCUCUUCUCGCCCACACCCACCAUUGCCAGGACCUCCACGCCGAUGCAGACGGCCGAGGAGCGACGUCAACAGGUGGCCGAAUCCCUGGCUGCUCUGCGCAAGAGCAGCACCAAGAAGCUGUCGGUGCUGCAAAGGCUCUCAAACAGUCUCUUUCCGGCUCGCCGAAAAACCCAACCCAAGUCGGAAAGUCCCAUGCCUCGGGUGUUGUUCCAUGACCAGGAGAAGGAGGAUUAUCGCCGCAAGGCGGAUGUACCUGCCGAGAUUCGUCGCAUACUACUGGAGCGCCAGAGUCCCAACUUUCGUCGUCAAAAUGGCCAGCUUUCAUCUCCGAAUGCUGAUCUAACAAAUGAAAAAGUCACCAAAAGCGGCGACUCUACCUUGCAGAGAAGAAACGGUGACUCCACUUUGCAGAGAAGGAAUGGUGACUCCACUUUGCAGAGAAGAAAUGGUGACUCCACUUUGCAGAGAAGGAAUGGUGACUCCACUUUGCAGAGAAGAAAUGGUGACUCUACGGUGCAGAGGGUAAACGGUGACUCCAACUUCCAACCCCGAAACGGUGACUCCACUUUGCAGAGGAUUAACGGUGACUCUGGUUUCCAAAACAGAAACAGUGAUUCCACUUAUCAAAACCGAAAUGGUGACACGACCUACCAGAACCGAAGUAGUGACUCCGCUUUCCAAAACAGCAACAGCGAGCCCAAUUUCCAGAACCGAAACGGUGACAACACUCUGCGAAGAUCAACACUUGAGCGACCAGGCGUCAAUCCCAGACGCCAAUGGCCCGAGGCCCAGCAGGUGGGUAGGAUUAACCGCUCCACUUCGGUGGAUCGCAGUCAAUUCAGCCACGACCAGCCCAUCCUGGCGAGUCCUGUGGCCUCCUCGACCCCUGUGCGCGGCCAGAACCAGUGGGACCAAUUGCGAGCCAUCAAGGAGGUGACGGAUCGCCAGCUCUACCACAAGCUGCAUCAACAGCAGCAACUGAAGGUCGUCCCCCAGCCACAGCAAAAUACAACAGCUCAACGACCGCAUGAGGAUAUAUACUCCCAGGUGGUGUUGCAGCCGAAUCAACAACAGAACUUCAUUCGCAAUUCGGUGCAGCGGAAUACCUUCUCGGGCAUCAGUGGUCGCAAUCGCCCCUUGACGGUCUUCAAUGGCACUCCCCAGAGGCAAAUGCAAAUGCCCGUGCCCAUGCAGAUGCAACAGCAACCGCCUCGAAGUCAGAGCGUUCUGGACAACAUGGUGCCGAGUAGUGGAAAUCCAGGUCAACAGACGCCAGUGGUGAUGCGACAUAGGGGUCAGGACCAUGGCCAGUCCCGUCGCAUCGGAGGACUGCUUACGCGCGAGGAGAUUCUGGAGAAAGUAAAGGAGUUCUGUCGCAAGAGCGUGACCAGAGCUCCGGAGCCCAAGACGCCAAUGCAGCCCAUCUACAAGAGGCACCUAACACCACCCAAUGCAGAUGUCUCACCAGUUUCAUAUGCCUCCGUGGAUGAUCAGUGCGCCCGCCCGCAGGUGCCUCAGCGGGUCCAGAGUUUACCCAUCGCCCCGGGACGCUAUGUACCCGGUGGUGGUAUGGCCGUCGAUGGAGCUUCACCCAUCUACGCUCAUGUUAGCAAGCGGAACAGCCUGCUCUCGAAUGUCUCCGAACAGUAUUUGUCCAGCCAGCAACUUGGAACGCUGGCCCGGCCGGUGCCCCUGAACCAACUGGUCCUGGUGGAUACGGGCGAGGGUGUUCAGGUGGCCCAGCUAGUGGAUUACCUGCCCUACGUGCGACCAGCUCAAGCCCAGGCCCAUGGCCAGUUUGCCAUGAUGCAUGAUGGCAGGGCCACGCCACUGAUCCUGGACCAAUCGACCCAGCAGACCAGCCAGAUCUACUGGACGCCGCAGCAUCGCCAGCGCAUCGCUCAGCCGGUGCCGGCACCACGCCUUAUAAAGGGACCAAACGCAGGGCCGACGUCCAGGAACAGUACUUUGAGCCGGCAUCUAGAGGCUAGGAUGGGGAAUGCCUCCGACUGGGAGCUCAGCUCGGAGGCCGGUGAGGUGAGGAGGAUAAUGGAGAAACAACUAUAA